AUGUCCAACCCAGCCCGCAGCGCAGCGCCCUCGGGCCCGCUCACCUUCCACAACCCAGUCCUCUGCGGCUUCAACCCAGACCCGACCAUCUGCGUCGUCCCGGCCACCGACGACACGCCAACGACGUAUUUUCUGAGCACGUCGACGUUCGAAUUUUUCCCCGGGUGCCCCAUCUACACGUCGACAGACCUCCUCAACUGGAAGCUCAUCGGGCAUGCGCUGAACAGGAGGAGCCAGAUCGAGCUGCGCACCGUCGAGCCGGGCGCGGGCAGCUGGGCCAGCACGCUGCGCUACCGGGCUGAUGAGAGGCGGUGGUAUCUUGCCAACUGCCUUUUUCAGAGGUACAGGCCGGCUACUGAUGAACGUAUCUUUCCUCGCGGAUUUUAUGUAUUCACAGACAACAUAUGGGAUGAUGAUGCCUGGUCCGAUCCGGUCUACUUUGACAACCCUGGUUUUGAUCAAGAUCUUUUUUGGGACGACGAUGGCAAGGUGUACCUAUCCACGACCACAAGACUCUCGGAUCGUGCGCCAGAUUCCAAUCUGAAAGACUUCGCCAUUCACAUCAGCGAGAUCGAUCUCCCCACAGGCCGGACCCUCACACCACCGGCUGUGAUCCGCAAGUCACCCCAUGGGAUCGCUGAGGGGUCACACGUCAUCAAGCGCAAUGGGUGGUAUUAUCUAUUUACCGCCGAGGGAGGCACUGAGGCUGGCCAUCAGGAAUGGGUGUUUCGCAGCCGUGAGGGCGUGCUUGGCCCCUGGGAGAGUCAGGAGAGGCCGCUGUGGUACAACGGCCCCGACGAAGAAGUCCAGAGGACUGGCCACGCGGAUGUUUUCGAGGAUGGGCAGGGUGACUGGUGGGCCGUUCUGCUUGGGGUGAGACCAAAGCUGGAUGAGCAGACCAAGAAGUGGCUGGAGCCGCAACUGGGCCGAGAGACAUUCCUGGUGAAAGUAGACUGGGUCGACGAUUGGCCAGUCUUCAACGAAGGCAAGAACAUCGCCCUGCUGACACAAGGGCGAACUUCACAAUUCGAACGAAUUAGUCCGUGUGACGAGACAUUGGACUGGCGAGCGAAUCUCGAGAAACCCGAUCUUGAGCUCGGCUGGUACCAGAAGAAUACACCGUUGAAGCAGUCAUACUCGCUUACCGAGCGGCCCGGUCACCUCCUGCUAUGGGGGAAUUGUUAUGACCUGUCAAGCCCGGAGGCUCCUGCCAUGCUCCUCAGGAAGCAGACGUCUUUCUAUCAGACUUUUGGAGUCACCAUGGAGUUCAACCCCCUGCAAGCGGACUGUGAAGCUGGACUUGUGUUGUGGUGGAACCAGUUUUCUUAUGCCGCGAUUGGGGUCACGCUUGAGAGGAGAUUCAGGAAAGCAUGCGUGAUAACCCGAAGCCCAAAGGGACGACCAGGUCGUAAAUAUUACCCGGCACCGUCAAGUAUUGUGAGCACACUGGCCACAGCGGGUAACCUGACGGAUCCUGUCAAGCUCACCCUUGACUGUGAAGGCAGCACAUACACAUUGACUCUCCAGCACGGGAGAAACGGGGUUCAAGUCCAGUCAUACUGCGAUGCAGAGGAUUUGACAGUCAUGCCAACAGUUGGUGGCGCUUUCACCGGUGUCAUGUUUGGUGUCUACGCCUUUGGACGGGGGGAGCCAGUGCUUUCGCCAGCAGAUUUCAGUAACAUUCGUGUGUCGAACCGGACAAAGUGA